AAAGAAACAUGAACUUGGUCGGGACUUUCUUGGAAGUUGUCAGGAUGCUUCACUCUUUUCCAUCAGAGCACAACUCGAAACUCAUGAGCCCCAAUAUCUCCAAACGCAAAACGCGUUUCCCCUGCUAGAUAGUCCACGACAUGGAAAUUUCUCUCUUACCUCUCUCUGUCUCUUCGUCUCUGUCUCUCUCUGUGAAGACUCUAUAUAGGACCCCUCCUGAGUUUGGAAUUCAUCCAAAAAUUGCAUGUCCUCAAUCAUGGAACACCCUGCAACUUCAAUCCAAUAUAACCCCAGACUGUCCCUAUCGCGUUCUAUACGCCAUUCCCGACGUCGUCCUACCAACUCUAGGGCCAAUCAAGUAGUUCGCUGUCUGAUCACCUCACUAAUCCUUCUAUUCGUCUUAGCCAGCGCCGCGUGCUUCAUCGCCUGGCUUAUGAUCCAUCCCCACCCUCCUGUAAUCAGAGUCAACUCUCUUGCCGUGUCCGGCUUCAACAUCUCAAGCCCUCAGUUCACCCCCAGAUAUGAUCUUGAACUCGUCAUAACGAACUCGAACAAGAAGAUAGUCUUCUUCAUCGACCACUUUGGCUUGCUCAUUUCCUACAGAGGCAUCCCACUCCUUAGGAGGGUCCGGGAUUCAUCGGACUACGUACAGAUACUAGGCAACCGGAGUUCAGAGGUCGAGUUCAAGUUGGACUCUGAGAAGCUGAACGACCAGAAGAAGAGCAAGGUGCUUAGGGACAUCAAAGGGGAUUGGAGCAGAAGGGUGGUGAGCUUUCAGGUGAAGGUGGAUAUGAGGGUGGAGUUCAGAGCUGGGAGGUGGCUGAGCAGGCAGAGGUUGGUGGAGGCCUCCUGUAAGGAUUUGAGCAUUGAGCUUUUGCCUGCCAAAGAGACAGGGAAGCUCCAUGAUGGAGGGAGAAUCUGCUCUGUUGAUUAACAUUUAAGUGUCCCUCUGAUUUCUUCUCUAAAGGCCCAUCAUGGCAAGUGGUAGUUCAUUGCCUUAAUAUAGCUUGGUCAGCUUGUUUCUUCUUUGUGUCAGAUCGUUAAUAGGAAGGAGCAAUUCGUUUUACGUCUUUGUAAACAAACGAAAAUACAUAAGAUAGUAAUUUGUGACUUCA